AUGGCGACCCCCGUGUGGAAAAGUUUAUUUUUGAAAUUUCGAUAGGAUUUACUGCAGUUAUCAUAYGCAUAUAUGCAAUGCGAGGGUCUUACAUCGGUGGAAGUUGAAUUGACGGGAUAUUUUUGUGAUCGAGUAACUUGGUAGUUUUUAGCCAACGUUACAGUUGGUAUUUCGCAAACGCUGGUGUCUUAUGUCAUCAGGGUCAUGGCCCUGGUCUUUCGCACCCGUAAUCGCCACGGUUAUGCUGUGAAAUUCUCACCRUAUUUGAGCCACAGACUUGCAUGUGCGUCGUCGCAGCAUUACGGAAUAGCUGGCCGUGGCUCGUUGUAUAUCCUCGACGUUACGCCCAGAGGAAUUGCAUUAGUUAGACAACUAGAGUGGAAUGAUGGAUUGUUUGAUUGCGCAUGGAGUGAGCAUAAUCAAGAUGUUAUUGUAUCAGCAAGUGGAGAUGGUUCCUUGCAGCUGUGGAAUGUCAAUAAUCCUGAGCCAAUAAAGGUUUUCAAAGGCCACACAGCUGAGGUGUAUGGUGUGGAGUGGUGUCCAGGCAGAGAUGGUGACACAUUUCUCAGUGCAUCAUGGGACAAUACCAUUAAAUUGUGGGAUCCACAAAGAUUAGAGUGUCCAUUAGUGUCCAACUUUUCUGGUCAUCAAGGUGUCAUUUACUCUGCGUUAUGGUCUCCCCACAUACCGCGAACAUUUGCUUCGGCAUCUGGUGACCACACCCUUGGCAUAUGGGACAUCAGUUGCCCUGACAGACCGCAGCACGUGAUUAGAGCUCACGAUGGUGAGGUAUUGACUUGUGAUUGGGCCAAAUACGAUCAGAAUCUUGUUAUUUCUGGAUCAGUGGACACGUUUAUAAGAGGAUGGGACAUUCGYAAUACAGAAUCACCAGUGUUUAGCUUUAAAAGUCAUCAGUAUGCUGUCCGAAGACUAAAGUGCUCUCCUCACCAUGGCAACAUACUUGCAUCAUGUUCGUAUGACUUCUCUGUGCGGACAUGGGACCUUAGAGAYACAUCCCCACUUCAGACUAUAGAACAUCACUCAGAGUUUGUUACAGGYCUAGACUUCAAUCUUCAUCAAGAAGGACAGCUUGCCGACUGUUCAUUUGAUGGUCUGGUAAUGGUCUACAGCCCACCAUCAGCCAUUCCAAGGAUAUUAUAACAUUGAGAUAUGGACAAAAUGAUAUUGGAAUGGCAUUGAGUAGACACCUGUGAAACUUGGUGGUUCCAUCACAACUAUGUUUUACAUCAGAUUAAUUUUGCCACAAAGUACAAAUCAAAACUAAUUUUAUUUGGAGGCGAGAUAUUUUCACAAUUUCAGAUGAUUGCAAUGCCAGCUUAAAGAUCGACAAGAAGUGUUGGAUGUACAGCAUAAGAAUUAAUUCAAAAAUAGAGGACUCUAUAAACAAUCUUGUUAAUAAUUAGUUUUUUUUUCUUUGAUUUCCAUCAUUACUUUUCUUUUUGUUUGAUUUAAAGUCAGUUUCAUUAUGGAUGCCAGUGAUCGGCACAUAAGGCCUGGUCUCUAGUAUAUGAUUGGUCCAAUCAUGYAGCCCUUCCAUURUUCUUAAAAGUUUUAUCAAUAGRCCWUUUCUGAGA